GACACCAACCGCCCUUCGACGCGACAACUUCUCUCCAUCGCAGAUCUAAGAACCAACCCUUAUCUGGGCAACUCGGCACCCGCUUGUUCCUUUCGGCAUUACUACUCCAACUAACCCAAGAUACCCGCCUACUCCUAUUUUACCCUGGGGAAAUAAAUCAAAUAUUUCCCCCUCCCCCCCCUUUCUUCUCCCUAAACGGGAACGAGUGAAUAUUCGACUUAUUUAAGGCCGCAGCGAUCGUACCUUCCGGCUUCAUCUUAUAGUUAAAGAAAAAUUAUGGAUUCAGACAAUAUCGAUUUCGGCGAAUCGCCUUUAUCAGGAACUAAUGCUGGCACCCCGAUAGCCAACAAUCCGUUGGGUCAGCCUCAUCUCGUCGCUGAUGCGGGAACUCCUUUGGGACUAACACCAGGACAACCCAUGGAGGAUGACGAGCAGAGCACUGGACACAACCCGAUUCACUCCCUUCAGCUUCCCGCCAAUGCAACUGAUGGACAGCGAAAAAAUUCUCCGGGAAUUUCGACCGCUGGGUCGCCGGCAAACGCCAAUGCGCAGCAGUUAAAUAUCGCACCUGAGGAUGGCGAUUCCAUCAUGCAAGGUGCUGGCGAUUCCCCUCAAAAAAUCGAUGCCCCAGGAUCCCCUGGGAAGAAUGGCGACAGCGCGCAGGUGGAAGGAGGGCAAGCAUCGGGAGCGCCAGCCUCACCUGGAACGGAGAAGAAAAGGCUGGAGGAGACUGCGAGGGGGUAUCUCGUUGAGCAGACCCACACUGUGGUCAUGCCUUCUUAUUCAACAUGGUUUGACAUGAAUGUUGUCAAGGACAUUGAGCGCAAGUCUUUACCCGAGUUCUUUAACAAUAGAAACAGAUCCAAGACGCCAUUGGUAUACAAGGACUAUCGCGAUUUCAUGGUCAACACUUAUCGUCUAAACCCGUCUGAAUAUCUCACUGUGACAGCCUGUAGGAGAAAUCUUGCAGGCGAUGUUUGCUCGAUAAUGCGUGUUCAUGCCUUUUUGGAACAAUGGGGUUUGAUAAAUUAUCAGAUUGACCCUGAGACACGUCCUUCGAAUAUUGGACCACCUUUUACAGGCCAUUUCCGGAUUACCGCAGAUACUCCUCGUGGUCUCCAGCCUUUCCAGCCCGCUCCUGGAGCUGUCACUACAGCCGGAAAACCCCAUGCCGUAACUGAGCGCGCAGCAAGCGCUGGUCCCUCUAAGGUCGAAUUGAACCUGGAAAUCCGUAAAAACAUCUACGAUGCUUCUGGCAAUAAGAUUAGCGGCUCAUCUCAGGCCAAUGGACACUCGAUAGACUUGGAGGAUGGUCUCCUCGAGGGGCUCGAGCUUUACAAUGAAGACUGGAACCAAGUUGCAGAACAUGUCGGCACUCGAACAAGAGAGCAGUGUGUAAUUCGUUUUCUCCAGCUUCCAAUUGAGGACAACUACCUCGAAGAAAAACCUGAGCAGCUAGGCCCCCUCCAAUACAACCGCACACCCUUCACCCAGGCCGACAACCCAGUAAUGAGCGUAGUAGCCUUCCUGGCCAGCAUCGUUGACCCCAAGGUUGCCGCAGCCGCAGCCAAAAGUUCUAUCGAGGAAAUGACCAAGAACCUUGGCCAGAUAGAGGAGAGCAUGGAUGUUGACGAACCCGAGACCUCCUCCACCGCCGGCGGCGACCCCCUCUCACCUUCCGACGACGCCUCCACCUCUGAAAACCCCCUCGCGAAGGCCGGCACAAUCGCCCUUGCUGCGUCCGCCGCACGCUCACAUGCACUUGCCUCUAACGAAGAGCGCGAAAUGACAAAACUCGUCAAUGCAGUUGUGAACUGCAGCCUCCGCAAGCUAGAGCUCAAACUCACACAGUUUAACGAACUCGAGCAAGUCCUGCAAGCAGAGCGUCGAGAGAUUGAGAAAGGGAGACAGCAACUAUUCCUGGAUAGGCUGUCCAUGAAGAAACAGUGUUUGCAGGUGCAAGAGCAGUUACAACGCGCUAUGGUUGUCGGCGGACAGGAGGGCUUCCAGAUCGCGGCGCAGGCAGGACAAGUUGGCGGGCAGGGCCCCAGGUUGGCUUUCGAACAGCUUGGGGCGUCGAUGACGGCAGCGGUGGGGAGUGCUACUUCUACCCCUGCGCCCGCGGGCUCUUCGUCUUCUGCUACGGCUGUCUCUACCACGAUCCCGCAGAUGGGUAUGAAGCCGGUAUCGCUCGAGAACCCGGGCGGGUAUGUGGCGUUUGAAGCUUAGAUUGGUUGAUGGAUGGAUAAAUGGAAUAGGCAGGCGGAUUACCCUUACUACCAUCCCAUCAUCACUCUCCUUUCCCUGCUUUCCCGCUUUCCCUUUCCCUUUUCCUCUCCUCAAAAGGGUGUCAUUGGCGCGUGAAUCGUGUUUUUUUCUCCCCCUUCUCUUGUCCCUUUCUUCUCUUCCUUUUCUUCUCCUCCUCCUUCCUUUCUCCCAGUGGUGUGCCGUGGCGCUCUUACUCCUCAAUUUUCCUCCUUUCUAUUUUUGUUCAGGUUCAAUUCACAUCCCGACGAAACGCGGGCGGUGUAUCUAAUUUGUUGAAUGAAGUUCCCCUUUUUCCCUCUAUAUCAUAACGGGGAAUGAGCGGAUGGAUUGUCUGGGUGGUAGGUAUGGGUUGAGAAUUUCGUUUUUUUUUU